AUGACUUUCAUCCACCCUCAUCAUCCUCUACCCCCAUCAUCCACCCUCAUCAUCCACCCCCAUCAUCCACCCCCAUCAUCCACCCUCAUCAUCCUCUACCCCCAUCCACCCUCAUCAUCCACCCUCAUCAUCCUAUACCCCCAUCAUCCACCCUCAUCAUCCACCCCCAUCAUCGACCCCCAUCAUCCACCCUCAUCAUCCACCCUCAUCAUCCACCCCCAUCAUCCACCCCCAUCAUCCACCCCCAUCAUCCACCCUCAUCAUCCACCCCAUCACCCACCCUCAACAUCCACCCUCAUCAUCCACCCCCAUCAUCCACCCCCAUCAUCCACCCCCAUCAUCCACCCUCUUCAUCCUCUACCCCCAUCAUCCACCCUCAUCAUCCACCCUCAUCAUCCACCCUCAUCAUCCACCCCCAUCAUCCACCCUCAUCAUCCACCCUCAUCAUCCACCCUCAUCAUCCACCCCCAUCAUCCACCCCCAUCAUCCACCCCCAUCAUCCUCUACCCCCAUCAUCCACCCUCAUCAUCCACCCCCAUCAUCCACCCCCAUCAUCCACCCCCAUCAUCCACCCCCAUCAUCCACCCUCAUCAUCCACCCUCAUCAUCCACCCCCAUCAUCCACCCUAAUCAUCCUCUACCCCCAUCAUCCUCUACCCCCAUCAUCCACCCUCAUCAUCAUCCACCCUCAUCAUCCACCCUCAUCAUCAUCCACCCUCAUCAUCCUCUACCCCCAUCAUCCACCCUCAUCAUCCACCCCCAUCAUCAUCCACCCCCAUCAUCCACCCUCAUCAUCCACCCUCAUCAUCCACCCUCAUCAUCCACCCUCAUCAUCCACCCUCAUCAUCCACCCCCAUCAUCCACCCCCAUCAUCCACCCCCAUCAUCCACCCCCCUCAUCAUCCACCCUCAUCAUCCACCCUCAUCAUCCACCCUCAUCAUCAUCCACCCUCAUCAUCCUCUACCCCCAUCAUCUACCCCCAUCAUCCACCCUCAUCAUCCACCCCCAUCAUCAUCCACCCCCAUCAUCCUCUACCCCCCUCAUCCACCCCCAUCAUCCACCCCCAUCAUCCACCCCCAUCAUCCACCCCCAUCAUCCACCCUCAUCAUCCACCCCCAUCAUCCUCUACCCCCAUCAUCCACCCUCAUCAUCCACCCCCAUCAUCCACCCCCAUCCUCUACCCCCAUCAUCCACCCUCAUCAUCCACACACAUCCUCCUCUCUGUCUCCCUCUCUCCCCCUCUGUGAAGAGCCCCCUGCUGGCAGUGUGCUCUAAACCCUCUCGUGCUCUAAAGCCUCUGCAGAGCCCCCUGCUGGCAGCGUGCUCUAAACCCUCUGUGAAGAGCCCCCUGCUGGCGGCGUGCUCUAAACCCUCUGUGAAGAGCCCCCUGCUGGCGGCGUGCUCUAAACCCUCUGUGAAGAGCUUCCUGCUGGCGGCGUGCUCUAAACCCUCUGUGAAGAGCCCCCUGCUGGCGGCGUGCUCUAAACCCUCUGUACGUCUGCUGGGUCCUAAAGAGUCAGAACACCAGAGUCUGCUGGGUCCUAAAGAGUCAGAACACCAGAGUCUGCUGGGUCCUAAAGAGUCAGAACACUAUAGACGUCUGCUGGGUCCUAAAGAGUCAGAAUACCAGAGUCUGCUGGGUCCUAAAGAGUCAGAACACCAGAGUCUGCUGGGUCCUAAAGAGUCAGAACACCAGAGUCUGCUGGGUCCUAAAGAGUCAGAACACCAGAGUCUGCUGGGUCCUAAAGAGUCAGAACACCAGAGUCUGCUGGGUCCUAAAGAGUCAGAACACCAGAGUCUGCUGGGUCCUAAAGAGUCAGAACACCAGAAGUCAGAACACCAGAGUCUGCUGGGUCCUAAAGAGUCAGAACACCAGAGUCUGCUGGGUCCUAAAGAGUCAGAAUACCAGAGUCUGCUGGGUCCUAAAGAGUCAGAACACCAGAGUCUGCUGGGUCCUAAAGAGUCAGAACACCAGAGUCUGCUGGGUCCUAAAGAGUCAGAACACCAGAGUCUGCUGGGUCCUAAAGAUCAGAACACCAGAGUCUGCGGGGUCCUAAAGAGUCAGAACACCAGAGUCUGCGGGGUCCUAAAGAGUCAGAACACCAGACGUCUGCUGGGUCCUAAAGAGUCAGAACAUCAGAGUCUGCGGGGUCCUAAAGAGUCAGAACAUCAGAGUCUGCGGGGUCCUAAAGAGUCAGAACACCAGAGUCUGCUGGGUCCUAAAGAGUCAGAACACUAG